GCGGAGGCGAAAAAUAAUAAUUACUGGAGACUUGCGUUCAGCUUGCGUUACUUCUGGAUUCUGGAAGAUAUAACGAUAAGAGAAUACAGUGUUACAGGCUUGAUAUACUUUCCAUUUUUAAGCGGGCUGCUGAUACUUAACUUGUUAAUGGUCGCUGAAAGCCACCCUCUGACCUUGCCAGGAUCAAGAUUGCGGCAAUAAUGGCAUCAGCAAGUGGCGGAGUCGAAUGGAAUUCUAUCGUAAAACCGAUUUUAGCUGCAUCCUAUGGAUCUUUUAAUAAAAAUGACCUACCUGAAUUCAUAAGAUCAGUCAUUAAAAGUGAGGAUGACAUCAUUAACCACGGCGCCGAGUACGACACGUUCUACUCGACGUUUGCGCUGCUGGCGGCCGACUACAUCGCUCAGAAUGCCGCUGACCUGCUACCCAGUCAGAUGGGAGGCGCCUGCGCGGCGGCGCGUAUCCUGGGCGCGCACAUGCUGCGCAGCCUGUCGGGCGGUAGCCGUCAGACGUCUCCGCUGUCGCGCGGCCAGCUGAUGGACGGCCUGCGGCUGCUCUGCCAGGGCGGCGGUCUCGAGCACUCGGACCACGUCACGCUGGUGGCCGCCAUGAAGAUGGCCAAGCUGCCGCCGCACAUCCGCACCAGCGUGCCAGCGGAGAAGGAGAACGCUGCCAAGACGGAGCCGAAGCGGACGCGCGUGGACCCGUCGGCGGCGCUGCUGGACCACCUGUCGGCGCCCAUGUACAACCUGGCCAGCGGCGGCGAGUCAAACGAAGCCACCGACGGCGCCACCUCCGGCCAGAAGGUCAAGAGUCUGUUCUGUGAGCGCAACAUCAGCGCGCUGCAGCUGCUGGGCGCCGGAGACGUGCUGGUGGACAUGUGCUGCAGCCUGCCGCACAUCGGCCGCUACCUGAGCCGCUACACGGACUCGCUGGAGACGGGCUGUCUCCAGCUGCCGACCACACUGUCGGAGGCCGUCACCGUCCGAUCCAGUCUGCAGGCGCUCAGUGCCGACGUGGGUAUGGUGUGGCGCGCGCUGUCGCUGCCGCUGCUGGAGCCGCUGACGGCCGGCCGGCAGCAGCGGCUGGCGCGCCUGUGCGCCGCCUGCCUGCUGGCCGCGCUCACCGUGGCCGCCAGCGGCGCCGCCGUGGCCGCGCCCGACGAGGCCGAAACGCACGCGGUCGACGUGCUGGUGCGCGCGCUGGAGGUGACCGAGUGCGUGCAGUCGGUGCUGAGAGCCUCCACACGGUCCGGCGGACACUGUGUGCAGAACCUGCAGCUGAUGGCCGCACUGCUGCUACUGCGCGGAAUCCAGGCCUUCAUGUGCUCUGUCAGCGCCAUGGGAGACAAACCCGAGCGCGGCAAGUCGCCCGUCAAAGGGAAGGAGAACAGAAUCAACCUACUCAAAGUUCAGCAGGGGUUCGGCGUGCUGGCCGUGGCGCUCACCUCGAAGGCGCUGACGCUGCUCUCCAGUCUGUUGGCGGACGUGCGCUCCGAGUCGUCGGUGCUGGGCGGCGAGCCGCUGCCGGCCGGCGGCCCGGCGGCGCUCUCCACGCCGUGCACGGCCGGACAGCGGGCGGCCGCCCUGCUGCAGGCCGCCAACCUGCCCCAGCUGCUCAUCAACGUGGCCGUGGCGGCGUACCGGCGCGCCUGCGGCCUCUGGGGCUCGGACGCGGCCGCCGCCGCCGGCGCCGACACCGGAGAUGUGUUCGGCCUGACCACCGGCCCGGCGUUCACCGCCUCGUUCUACGUGGACGACUCGAGUGGAGACGAGGCCAGCUCCGAUGACGAGGACGACUCGAUCCUGGGCCAGUGGUUCAUGCAGACGCUGUACCCGCCGGGACCGGUGACACCGCCGGCGUCGGCGGCAGCCUCGGAGAACGGCACGGCCGACCGUCCUUCGGGCGGCGGCGAGACCAGCCUGGUGCCCGAGCGCGGCGAGCCGCACGGCUUCAUGUCUCUGGCGUCGAUGGUGCUGCGGCUCAUCAACAGUGACCUGUUGGACGCCGAGUGUGCCGACAUCCGUCAAUACGUGCGCCAGGGCAUCGCCGAACAGCAGGUGACGCUGCUGGCGGCCCUCAUCAGAGACGUCGGAUCAGGGAGUCUGAGCGCGCACGCCAGCGCCGGCAGCAUGCUGACUCUGUGCCAGGAGUUCAGUGCCUCACUGACGCGGCUGACGCACAACCUGCUGGCCACGCGGCUGCUGUCGGCGCCGCUGCAGGAGCUGCUGCUCGCCCAGCUGGGACUGAGUCCGUGGCACCAGGAGGGCGCCGACUGGCCGCUCACCGUCAGCCCCCGGUCACUGGCGGUCCUGGCGCAGGUGCUGCUGCUGAACCAGGAGUCUACGGGGCCGGACCGUCUGAACGGUCGCCAGGCCACCGCCCUGAUCUGGUCGAGCUGUCUCAACACCCUCAGUCGGCGCAUCCUCAGCACGGCAGACGAGUCCGCCGACGACCUGAACGUGGAGCACGCCCAGCUGCUGCUGUUCCUGUUCCACUCGCUGGAGCUGAUGCAGAAGAAGACGGUCCUGCUGCAGUGUGCCGACGUCAUCAUCAAGGUGGCCCCGGCACUGGAAUCGGCCAUGUCCCCUGCCCGGGUGCUCCACCUGGCCCGGCUACUCGUGCUGUUCGAGUACAUGGUGCGCAACCUGUACGACGCUCCCAGCUUCCUCAUCGACCAGGUUCGCAGUAACCUGCUGGGCCGGGUGCCGGGCGCUGAGAAACUCUACAUCCCCUGUAAGGAGAUGGACAGCGGAGCCGCCGGCGGCGGCGGCGGACCGGGCGCCGGGGAGCCGCCCUGCUUCUACAGCCUGACCCACAGUGACAACGGCGGGUCGGACCCGCCGCGGCUCGACGGACUGGCCAGCAGUUUCCUGCUGAGCUCGCCCGAGCUGCUCGACUACGGCGCGUUCCACGCGGCGCUGGUGUCCCUGCUGCGGGCCGGCGGCCAGGCAGACCUGGCCGGCCGCGAGACUCCGCUGUCGGCGGCCGGACGCGCCAACACACACUACUGCUUCAGCGUCGCUUGGCGGCUGUGCACCUCCCUGCCGCCGUCGGAGGCGUUCCUCGAGCAGGUGUGUGCCGGCGCAGAGUCGGCCGGCGCCGAACAGCAGCUGCUGUCGCUGGUCUGGGGACCGCGCGCCGCGCACAAACUCUACGCCAGUACCAUCAAGGACGGCCUGGUGAAGCAGGGUCUGACGGCGCACCGGGCCGACGCGCUCCUGGAGAACGUCGGCCGCCGGGUGGGCGACGUGACGCGGGACGUGGAGCUGGUGCGCCGCACCGCCGGCCGGCUCGACCCGCCGCAGCGGCCCCGGCUUAUCGACGUGCUCACACUGCACGCCGCCAUCGCCAAGACGCAGGUGAGCCUGGACGGCCAGCUGAGCCGGCCGUCGUCGAGCGACUCCAGCGGCCGGGUGAUCGAGCCGGCCACGGCGGCCGCCUCGCAGGCCGAGGACGUGGCCGGGCACCUGCUGCCGGCCGUGAUUGCGCUCAUCGAGUCCGUCUCCGGCUGCAUCAGUGAGAGCCUGCUCGACUGUCUGACGGAGGAGGGCGCCGAGCCGCCGUCGACGGCCACGCGGCGCGCCUACAGCCACCUGCUGAGCGUGGUGUCGCCGCGCGCCGCGCACCAGUUCCCGUUCGCCGACGGGUGCGCCGCGUGUCUGCCGGCCGCGCUGCGCCGCACGCUGGACGACUGGCACGCCGCCGCCGCCGCCGACAUCGUCUUCUCCCAGAACUGGAAGUCUCGGUAUGGCGAGCAGCCUCUGCCGUCGGAGGGCUACAUCGGCUCGGUGGUGGCCGCCCACGUGGCCGGCCUAUCGAGUGUCGCUGCUCCCAGUAUCGGGCUCUCCCUCAAACAUCUGCUGCACUGUCUAGUGCGCGUGGCAGAGGCGCUAUUCACGUGGCGCUCCUCUGACGAGCGGACGCGCGCCGAGCUGUCUCGCGUGCUGCUGCCGCUGGUGCUGGACCUGGGCUGCGAGUCGGCCGCGGCGCACUUUGACGUCGACUCGCUGGUGGGCUCUGCCGACUCGGAGUCGUUCCAGCAGGCCUCCUGUCGGCUGGUCGUGCACCAUGUGUACGCCAUCGUGCGGCUCGUCAGCCAGGACGCCGACAUCAACGAGUCUGUGUGCGAGGAGUGUGUGCGCUGUCUGGAGUCGAUGCUGGAGGUCCCUGCCGGCCGCGCGGCGCUCGCGCAGGCCUACCGGGACGACAACACCUUCCUGAUGACGGUGCUGCUGUCGGCCGCCAGCCAGCGGCUCAGCUUCAACUACGGCAUUCUCGUCCUCAAGUUCUGCGACAAACUCUUCCAGGCCGCCGACAAGUCUGGCGGCGAGCUGCGUGAGCUGUGCGCCUCGCUGGACGGUCUGGCCUCGGUGGCGCCCGAGCGGUUGCAGCUGUGGCUCGGAAAGCUGGUGGUGUCGCUGGCGGACCGCGGUGACGAGUCGUCGGCGGGCCGGAACGAGCGGCUGGAGAGUCAGCAGCUGCUGCAGAGCCUGACCGCCUACCUGGUCAGGGAGGACAGCGCCGUCAGUGAGGACGUGGCGCGCGCCGUGCUGGACGCCCUGACCCGGAUGGGCAGCGAGCUGUUCACGCCGUCGGCGCUGACGGCCGCGCACGGCGGACUCGUCUCGGCCAUGGCCACCCUGGCCUCGGCCGGCUCCGGGCACGGACACGUGGCGCUGUUCGCCGCCUGCGCCGACUGGCUCAAAACCUGCAAGGAGUACCUGUGUCAGAAGGACGUGCUGGAUAAACUGAGUGAGGGCGUCACCUCUGGUCGGCACGCCGACGUGGUCGCCUUCGCCUGCUGCCUGAUGAGCCACCUCAGCAACAUCGUGCUGGCACUCAAGAUGCUGGGCGACCACUGGCGCCACCCGGGCCAGUCGGGCAUGGCCACGCCGCCGCUCGAGGGCGACCAGUCGGCACUGGAGGCCGACACGGAGUGGGCCGACGAGCUGCACGACGACGACAGCGACGCAGACGACUCGGACGAGGACUCGCUGAACAACAAGCUGUGCACGUUCACGGUGACGCAGAAGGAGUACGUGCCGCAGCACUGGUACCACUGCCACACGUGUAGCAUGCUGGACUCGGUCGGAGUCUGCUCCGUCUGUGUCCGCGUCUGCCACAAGGGACACGACGUCACCUACGCCAAGAACGGCAGCUUCUUCUGCGACUGCGGCGCCAAGGAGGACAACAGCUGUCAGGCACUGGUGAAGCGCAGUCGUCAGCAGGAGCCGCUGCCGGCCGGCAGCAGCGGCAGCGGCGCCACCACCGCCGCCGGCUCCUGCCCGUUCGGCGCCGAGACCAUGCUGCCGUCUCUGCUGCGCCGGCGCCACAGCGCGCUCAGCCACGAGCGUACCGACAAGGGCCGCGAGCAGAGCGCGCGCGGCCGCCAGGCGCUCAGCCGCCGACUCGAACCGUUCAAGGAGGCCAUCUACUCGGUGCUGCACCAGUCGGACGUACUGUCCAGCGUGCUGGAGCUGGUGCGGCUGCUGCUGCCGGCGCUGGCGGCCAGCAGUCGGCGUACGGCGCCCAUCGGCGCACACCGGCGCGUGGCGGAGGCGCUGGCCACGCUGCAUACUGCGGAGAAGACGUUCAUAAACACCGACACACUGAUGGUUCCGACCCUGGGCUCCCAGGAAGGGGCGUUCGACAACGUGCGGAUGACCUUUGCUGGAGAGCAGGGCCAGACCAUUCGACAGCUGGUGUCGGCGCAUAUGAUCCGGCGCGUCUCCAUGUGUUGCCUGAGCAGCCCGCACGGAAAGCGCCAGCAUCUCGCCGUCUCGCACGAGAAGGGCAAGCUGGCCGUGCUGCAGCUGUCUGCGCUGCUGAAGCAGGGUGACGCCGCCAAGCGGAAGCUGACGCUGACUCGGCUGGGCUCGGCGCCUGUGCCGUUCACGGUGCUCAGCAUCGCCAGCAACCCGUGCAACGAGGACGUGCUGGCCGUCUGCGGACUCAAGGACUGUCACGUGCUGACGUUCGGCUCUGGCGGCGCGGUGGCCGACCACCUGGUCCUCCAGCCUCAGCUGGAGACGGGCAACUUCAUCAUCAGCGCCCGCUGGCUGCCCGGCUCGCAGACGGCGCUGGCCAUCAUCACGGCCGACUUCGUCAAGCUGUACGACCUGGGCGCAGACGUGCUCAGCCCACACCACUUCUUCCUGCUGCCCAGCGGCAAGAUCCGCGACGCCUGCGUCGCCAACAUGCAGGACGGCUCUCGUCACGUCAUCAUCAUGUCGUCGACGGGCCUCAUCUACACUGUGGAGAUCAACGAGGAGAGCUCGGCACAGCACGGACCCUUCUACGUCACCAACAUCCUCGACCUCAAACACCCCGAGAUCAAGUGGUCCAACGGCCAGAUCUGCGGCGGCGGCGUGGCCAUCUACUACUCGCACGUGCUGCAGCUGCUCUUCUUCAGCUACACCCAGGGCAAGAGCUUCCUGGCGCCGCUGACUGCCGUCGGCACAGAGCUGGACAACCUGACGCAGAUCCAGCUGAAGCCGUCUGGGUCCGGGAAGCCCAACUCCCAGCCGCUCUGUCAGUGGAGCGAGGUGAUUGGCCACCCGGGCCUGGUGUGUUCCGUGACGCAGAGCAGCAACAACCCCGUCAUCCUGAUGGUGAAACCCGACUCGGUCUCCGUCCAGGAGAUCCGUAUUGUGCCCUCCAAGUCUAAGAUCACCGAUAUGGUGGUGAUCCGCCACCCGGCGGCCGGCGGAGAGCGCCGCACCACGCUGAUCGUGCUGUGCGAGGACGGCAGUCUGCGCAUCUACAUGGCCUCACCGGAGCGCACCGGCUUCUGGCUCAGCUCCUCUCUGAACCCGACCAGCGUCAUGGCCUCGCUGCGGCCGCCGCGCAAGAAGAAGGCGCCCAAGCCGAGCCGCACGGUGGGCGCCGUCCAGUUUCCGCCGGACUUUUUCGAGAGCUGCCAGCCCAUGUCGGACGUGGAGUACGGCGGUAACGACGUGCUCCAGGUGUACAACACGCAGCAGGUCAAGCAGCGACUCGCCAUGGCCGGCAUGUACAUCGCCUCCACCAAGCCGGCCGGCUUCAGCAUGGAGAUUUCCAACAGCGACUCGUCGAUGGUGAUGUGCGGCCUGCAGAUCCAGGUGGGCUCGCAGGACCCGCAGCGCGCGCCCAGCUGUGUGGAGCUGCUGGGCCGCAGUGUGCCGCUGCACUGCUCGCGCGCGCGCUGGUUCGACGUGCCGCUGACGCGCGAGGAGUCGCUGCAGGCCGACCGGCGACUGACGCUCACCUUCCGACCGACGGCCGACACCUCAGGCGUCACCAUGGUCGACUCCAUCAAGGUCUACGGCAAGACCAAGGAGAACUUCGACUGGCCCGAGGACAGUGACGAGUACAUGUCGUCUCCGUCUGCGUCCGGCACCAGUCUGACGCCGGGCGGCGAGGGAGAGGGCGGCGCGGCGGCCGCGGCCGUGCCGCUGACGCCGCUCGACAAACUGGUGAGCAGCGCGCUGGAGACGCUGGAGGGCUGCGUGGUGGCGGCGCCCGAGUCGGACCCGCAGCGCGCCGCCGCGCUGGAGCUGUGCACCGCGCUGGGCCAGCUGGAGGCACCGCCGGCCGCGCCCGUGCUGACGCAGGCCGACAGUCUGCUGGCGGCGCUGCACACCUCGCGGCCGGCCUACUGCAGCCACAAGGACCAGGCGCGGCUGGCGCACGCCUGGAAGAUGCUGCGCCGCAUGGAGGCCACGCCGUCGGCGCGCGACCUCGACUCGGAGCUGUACCACCACCUGGUGGUGACCUCGCGAAACAUCGCCAUCUGCCGGCCGGCCAACCUCGUCAAGUACACGGCCGUCAAACCAGAAGCAGACAAGCCCGAGAGCGGUGGCAGCAGUACCGACUUCAUUUCGCUGAUGAUGGCGCUGUUCUGGCGACUCCACGACGCCCAGCCAGAGAACCCGCUGACGGCGCCCGUCUGUGUUCCCGGUCUGACGCAUCCGGAGACGUGCGUGUACGCGCUCUCGGACGUGCUGUACGCGUUCCUCACCACGGAGCCGGAGACGGCUGCCGUUCUGACGUCCGUCAUCUCCAGACUGCUGCUCUCCGACGAUCUAGCUGUCAGUUUCGCGGCCAAACAGGGCCUGAUCCGCGUGCUGCGGCCCAAACAGCGCCGGCGCCGGGUCUUCAUCCCGUCGCCGCCGCGCUGCUCCACACCAGGCGCGGCCGCGGCGUCCACCCCUCCGGAGCGGCCGUCCGGCUCAGGCGGCACGGGUACCGCCCGGGCGGGGGCGGCCGGUCCGCCGCCAGCGGCGCCCGCUGAGUCUCCCGCCGCCGUGCUAGUGGACGAGGCCGGAGAGCCGGGUGACGAUGACGACGAUGAGCUGGAGUCUGACGGUCUGGACGUGGAGUCGCUGCUGGCGCAGGCGCAGGGCCUGCCGCCGCUGCUCGACCUGCCGCCGGACGCCGACGACGAGACCAUGGUCGAGCUGGCCAUCGCGCUCAGCCUGCAGGACCAGGAUGGCACGCCGGCGGCGCUGCAGAAUCUCCGCCAGCAGCUGCAGGGUCUGGUCGGCCUGGACGCGCUGCAGAACCUCGGCGGGCAGCCGCUGCAGAACCUGCUGGGCGCGGCCGGUGGCGCGGAGGCCGGUCCGUCGGGCGCGCCGGCCGAGGGCCACUACUCGGACACCACAGCCUCGGCUCCGGCCUCUGACGACGAGGGCUCGACGGCGGCCACCGACGGAUCCACGCUGCGCACGUCGCCCGCCGAACAGGCGGGCAGCGGCGGCUCGGAGAGUGGUGCCAGCGUGGUGGACAGUAUCGCCGGCGAACACAUGUCAGGACGCAGCUCCACCUACGGAGACGGAGCACACGAGUCGGCCGCCGGCGCGCGCAGCGAGACCAGCUCCGUCGGCGUGCCGGGGCACUACCAGCCGGCGGAGGCCGACGAGCCGGAGACGGACACCAGCGCGCGGCUACACGCGCUGCGCCUGAGUCUGACGGAGCGGCUGCUGGAGUGGCUGCCGCAGGUGCGCCGGGUGGGCGGUGUGCGCGCCAUCCCCUACCUGCAGGUGCUGCUGAUGCUGGCCUCCGACCUGGACGGCUCUGAGGAGCGCGACCGCGCCUGUCUGGACGGCCUGCUGCGCGCCCUGGUCUCCCAGCUGCACACUGAGCCGGCCGCUGACGCGCCGCCGCCGCACGAGCGCAGCACCGACGCCGAGAUCCGACUCAUCACUAUGAGGAUGCUGAGCGUGCUGAUGUCCCGUCCGAAGCAGGUCGGCCGCCACGGCGGCGACUGCUGGGCGUUCACCGCCACCGCCACGGCCGCCGCUCUGCUGCAGGCCGACAUGAUGACACACUGCCUCUCCACGCUGAAGGCGCUGCUCGCCUUCUGGAAAACAAGUGACAAGGAGGAGAGCGGCACAGUGGUGGGCGGGAAGCUGCUCCGGCAGCAUCCGGUCACCUCUACACCGGACAUGUCGCCCUUCUUCCUCAAGGAAUACGUCAAGCGCUACUCGUCGGACGUGUUCGUCACGUUCUCCCAACUGCUGACCGAGAUGGUGCUGCGCCUGCCGUACCAGGUGAAGAAGGUGCUCAGCGCUGUGCCAGGGUCCAACGUUGUACUCUUCGGCGAGGAGUGGCGUCAGACUCUGUGCGAGUACAUGAUGGCGCCUCUGACGCCGUUUGUGAGGCGCCAGGUCCGUAAACUGCUGCUCUACAUCUGCGGCAACAAGGACACGUACCGCCAGCUGCGUGACCUGCACGCGCUCGACGCCCACAUCAAGGCGGUACAGACGCUGUGCGGGGACGGCAGCGGCGGCUCGGAGCCGGACGCGCCGCUCCUCUGUCUGACGUACGACUCGCUGAUCGAGCUGGUGGAGCACCUGAAGGCGUGCCAGGAGAUCGCCACCACGCGCACCGUGAACUGGCAGCGUUUCUGCGCCGGCCGCUCGGCCGUGCUGCCGUUCCUGCUGCGCGCCAGCUACCAGCUGGACGAGGGCGUGGCGCCCAUCAUCCUGCAGCUGCUGCAGCUGGCUGUGGCCUCCCCGGCCGCCCCCGCCGCCGGCUCCGGCUCCAGCGCCAAACACUCGGCCCAGGCGGCUGAGAGCGAGGGCUCCUCACUGAGCCGUCAGCUGACGCGGCAGCUGAUGGGCGCCGGUCCGCUGCCGGCCGGCACGGCCCGCUUCGUGCGCACCUUCCUUCUGGAGAGUAACGCCACGGCCAUCCGCUGGCAGGCACACGCGCUGGUGCUCAGCAUUUACCGGAACGCGCCGCCGGCCGACCGCGAGUCGCUGGUGGAGCUGCUCUGGAAACUGUGGCCGCUGCUGCCCUCCUACGGACGAAAGGCCGCUCAGUUUGUCGACCUGCUCGGCUACAUGUCGCUCAAGACCACCGAGGCUGAAGACAAGGUGUCCGCCUACAUGGAGCACGCCAUGGAGAUGCUGCGCACGCAGAACCAGCAGCUGGCCAACCACGCCAACGGCCAGUUGUACGCCGGCCUGGCGGCGCUGGUAGAGUUCGACGGCUACUACCUCGAGUCGGAGCCCUGCCUGGUGUGCAACAACCCCGAGGUGCCCUACUCGCAGCUCAAACUCUCCAACGUCAAGGUGGACUCUCGCUACACGACCACCACGCAGCUGGUGAAGCUGGUCGGCAGCCACACCAUCAGCCGCAUCUUCCUGCGCAUCGGCGACCUGAAGCGCUCCAAGAUGGUCCGCACCGUCAACGUCUACUACAACAACCGCACCGUCCAGUCGGUGGUCGAGCUCAAAAACCGGCCCGCCAUGUGGCACAAGGCCAAGAAGGUGUCGCUCACCAGCGGCCAGACGGACGUCAAGCUCGACUUCCCGCUGCCCAUCGUCGCCUGCAACCUCAUGAUCGAGUACGCCGACUUCUACGAGAACAUGCAGGCCUCGUCCGAGACGCUGCAGUGCCCGCGCUGCAGUGCCUCCGUGCCGGCCCACCCGGGUGUCUGUGGUAACUGCGGCGAGAACGUGUUCCAGUGCCACAAGUGCAGGGCCAUCAACUACGACGAGAAGGACCCGUUCCUGUGUAACGCCUGCGGUUUCUGCAAGUACGCCAAGUUCGAGUACACGCUGACGGCCAAACCGUGCUGCGCCGUGGACCCGAUUGAGAGCGAGGAGGACAGAAAGAAGGCCGUCACAAACAUCAACGGACUCCUGGAGCGUGCCGACAAGAUCUACAAGAAACUCAUGUCCUACAAACCUACACUGGAGGCGCUGCUGGCCUGGGUCAGUGACCACGGCGGAGAGGUGUCGGCGGCGGCGGCGGCGGUGGCUACCGACCUGGCCGCCGGCACCGCCGGAUCGCACGUCAGCCGACCCAUUCAGCAGCUGGCGCACAAGUACUGCAGCGACUGCCGACGCGACUUUGACGACCUCAGCAAGGUGAUACAGAAGGUGCUGGCCUCGCGGCGCGAGCUGCUGCGCUACGACCGGCAGGCGCACGACGGCGCCGGCACCGCGGCCGCCUCGGCUCCCGCCUUCUGCCAGGAGACCACCAGCCACGGUCGCUGUUACGGCUGCAGCAGUGCCUCUGCCGAGUGCUGCGUGACGCUGCUGCGCGCGCUGGCCACCAACCCACGGCUGCGUGUCACCCUCUGCAGCUACGGCCUGAUCCCACAGCUGCUGGAGCACAACCUGCGCCGCGGCACGCCCCAGAGCCGUGACGAGGUGUGCCAGCUCCUCUGUUUGCUCACCAAAGACAACCUGGCGGCCACGCUCGAGCUCAACGAGCUGAUCUCGGGCCGCGUGCGGCUGGCGCUCUCCAGCGGCAUGAGCUCGGCAGGCGUGGCGGCCGCCGUGCGACACGAGAUGGCUCUGCUGGCCGCCGCCGUACGCAAGGAGGACUCGUGCUGGGAGCACCGGCUCAGGUGCGUGGUGCGCAUCUUCAUAAUGGCCGGCAAGGAGCACAAGAACCCGGUGGUGAUCGAGUCUGUGACGCUGCCCUGCCUGAAGAUCCUGCAGGGCGUCAUGCAGCCGCCGGCCGACGCGGAGGCCGCGGGGACGUCCACCGGCGGGUCAGCGGCGGCCGGCGGGUCGGGGACCGCGGCCGCCGCGCCCGCACCCAGCACAUCGGCGGCCGGGGUACCCGGGCCGUCCAAGCCGGCACCCAGCUCGGUGACGGCCGGCGACCAGCCAGAGGUGCAUCUGAGCGCCUCACGCUGGCUCCAGCAGGCCCCGCAGCACUCAUUCGAGGCAUGGAGGUCACGCAAGGCCAAACGCGGCCGAGAGCCGGCAAAGGGAGCCUCGCGGUCGGAGGUGCGCGCCCUGUUCCUGAUGGAGAAGUACGGCCGCCGGUGGCGCCAGCGCACCACCCAGUCGGCCAUCUCCGUCACCUUCCUCGACACCUCGUGGCUGCGCCGCGUGCUGUUCAGUCCGAGCUCGCGGCUGGCGCGCCGCGUGGCAGCAGACAUGGUGGAGACACUGGCCAGCGAGCCGGCCAGAAAACGACAGAUCCUGGACAUGUUGACGUCAUACCUGAGUGACGUCAGUGACGCGGGCGAGACGGCUGCCGAGUUUAUCGACCUCUACCAGAAGCUGAUCGCGGCCAACCACUGGAAGUACUACCUGACUACAAAGGGCAUCCUGGGCCUGCUGGCCGAGCUGAUCACCAAGGAGAUCGACAACCUCAACCAGCUGGAGGAGACGACGCUCAACAGCGACCUCUCGCAGGGGUACGCGCUGAAGGAGCUGACGGAGCUGCUGAUCUCCUUCCUGGAGCUGGAGUCGGUGCGCAGCCGGCACAAGGCGCCGCUGCUGGCCACCGUGCUGCACGGCUACCUGUCGCUGCGGCGGCUCGUCAUCCAGCGCACCAAACUGGUGGACGAGACCCAGGAGCGGCUGCUCAUGCUGCUGGAGGACAUCACGUCGGGCACCGAGGCUGAGACGCGCCAGUUCAUGGCCAUCUGUGUGGAGACAGUGGCCAAGUACGGCCGCUCGGACGUGCGCACACCCGUCUUCAUCUUCGAGCGGCUGUGUUCCAUCAUCGAGCCGGAGCUGAACGAGCUGGGACCGUUCCUACUCAGCCUCGAGAAGGACCCGCAGCAGGAGGACUUUUUGCAGGGCCGGAUGGUGGGCAACCCGUACCCUUCAACGGACCCGGGCAUGGGCCCGCUGAUGCGAGACGUCAAGAACCGCAUCUGCCGCGACUGUGAGCUGGUGGCCCUGCUCGAAGACGACACGGGCAUGGAGCUGCUCGUCAACAACAAAAUCAUCUCGCUCGACCUGCCCGUCAAAGAGGUGUACCGCAAGGUGUGGCUGCCGUCGGCCAGCAGCGACACGGAGCCGAUGCGUAUCGUGUACCGGAUGCGCGGCCUGCUCGGCGACGCUACUGAGGAAUUUAUCGAGUCGCUGGAGACCAAGACGGACACGGACCGGGACGACGAGGAGACGUACCGCAUGGCCAAUGUCAUGAGCGACUGCGGCGGCCUGCAGGAGCUGCUCCGGCGGAUGGAGUACAUCGAGGACCUGCAGCGCUCGCGGCCGCUGCUGACCGUCCUACUGCGGCUGACCGGGCUCUGUAUCAAGACGCGUCAGAACCGGGCGGCGCUGACGCGUCCCGAGCUGCGCGCCGUGGCCGUGAUGCUGCGACUGCUGGCGCUGUGUCUGAAGGCGGACCCGGAGCUGGUGGCUGGGCCGCCGGGCGGUCCCACCGUCACCCAGCAGCUGCUGCAGAUAAUGGCCGUGGUGCUGGCCGAGGCCACCUCGCUGGACCUGGACGAGUACCGGCGGUUCGCCUCCACCUGCGGCUCCGUGGAACAGAUCCGACUGCUGCUGUCGCACGUGCACAUGGCACAGAGUAAGGGCGCCGGCGCACUGCUGCAGCAGCUGAUGCGCGUGCUGCCCUUCCUGACGUUCGGCUCCGAGGAGAAGAUGCGCCUGCUGAUCGACCACUUCCAGCCGGUGCUCGACUUUGACGAGUUUGACGCCAGCCAGCCGGCCGAGUCGGCCGCGCUGCUCGAGUCGCUCUGCGCACUCACCGCCGGCAUCGAGACCAACUGCAUGGGCAACCAGCUCAAGGACAUGUUUGUGGCCGCCGGCGUGGUGGAGCGCGCGCUCACCUACCUGCGACAGCACGCGCCGCCGGGCAAAAAGGCGCUGCUUAACACCAACGACGAGCAGUGGAAGAGCUUCCUGUCGCGGCCGGCGCUGAGCUACGCGCUGCGCAUCCUGGCCGGCCUGGCGACCAAACACGAGCCGACGCAGCUGGCCGUGGCCGCCGAGAGCAUCCCGAUCAUCCACCGUCUGGAGCAGGUGUCGUCGGACCAGCACGUCGGCUCUCUGGCCGAGAACCUGCUGGAGGCGCUGCGCACCAACCGGCAGGUCGCCACCAAGAUCGAGCAGGUUCGCAAGCAGACGCGCCAGGAGAAGAAGCGGAUGGCCAUGGCGAUGCGGAAGCACCAGCUGGACGCCCUGGGGAUGCGCGCCAACGACAAGGGCCAGGUGGCCAUCAAGUCGUCGGUGCUGCGGCAGCUGGACGACAUCAGUGACGAGCAGGGCCUGACGUGCGUCAUAUGCCGCGAGGGCUACCGCUUCCAGCCCACCAAGGUGCUCGGCAUCUACACGUUCACCAAGCGCUGUCCGCUCGACGACGCCGAGCCCAAGCAGCGCAAGACGAUGGGCUACUCGACGGUGACGCACUUCAACCUGGUGCACGUGGACUGCCACAUGGCGGCCGUGCGGCUGGCGCGCGCGCGCGACGAGUGGGAGUCGGCCGCGCUGCAGAACGCCAACACCCGCUGCAACGGCCUGCUGCCGCUCUGGGGGCCGCAGGUGGCCGAGUCGGCGUUCGCGCACUGCCUGGCGCGCCACAACACUUAUCUGCAGGAGAGCACCGGCCACCGGGACGUGGGCUACCAGACCACGGUGCACGACCUGAAGCUGCUGCUGCUGCGCUUCGCCCAGGAGCGCAGCUUCAGCGACGACUCUGGCGGCGGCGGGCCGCAGAGCAACAUCUACAUCGUGCCGCACCUGAUGCACAUGGCGCUCUACGUCAUCAACAGCACGCGCAUCGGCCAGCGCGAGCUCAAGAACGUGACCACCCAGCUGGGCGCCGCCUCGGACCGCUGGGUGGAGACCAGCUUCGAGCCGGACGGGCCGCUCUUCUGGAUGGCCAUGGCGCCGCUGGUGCUGGCGCCCGACGGCUGGCGUCAGCUGCGGCUGCGCUGCCUGGCGCGCCUGCUGGUGCUGGCGCAGGCGCGCCACACGCGGCCCGGCGGCGGCCGCGCGCUGACCGAGCGCCAGCCGCUGCCGUGGGCCGUCUACCGACCGUGGGCCAUCUUCUGGGGCCUGGUGGACGGCCUGUACACGAUGGUGCUGUCGCGCGCGGCGCCGGAGGCCGGCGGCGCCGACUGGUGCGCCGCGCUGGCCGAGUACAUCCGCCACCACGACCAGGCGCUGCUGGAGGCCUGCGACCGGCUGCUGCGCCGCUACCAGCAGGAGCUGCUGCCGGCCGCCUCGCUGGCAGAGAUGCUCGACGUGCUGGGCGUGCUGGCUGAGGCCGGUGACCCGGACACGUUCCUGCGCGAGGCGCUGCAGCAGGUGCCCUGAGCGCCGCUGCCGCCGCCGACACGUGCCCGCCCGCCCCGCAGACACACCGGAUUGUUAGCUCGCGCCCGCAGGUGCCCACGGCCGCCCGGCAGCGCCGCGCGCCGACACGCUUAGUUUUGGUCGCUUCAUAGGGAUGUUUGCUUUCCGAAGUCAUGAUGAGUAACGGUUUGUUGUGAUCAACACGCUGAGAGGGGGUUGUUUUAUUUCGUUUCGGCUGUUCUCUAACUGGUGCAGGUGAAUCUGCCGUGGAUUGUUUAGCUGAUGUAUAACCGAUUGCCUAUGGUAUGCUUCUGCCAAUAAAUAUUCACACUAGUCCCAA